UCAUUCCGUUAAAAAUUAUCUACGUGUUACGGUACAACAGAUUAUUCUAAUUAAACACUGUUUAACAGGGGAAUAAGGUCGAGGUAAAUAACUCACUUUUGACAGUAAUGUACAUUUGUUACUAGUAUAUAAAAAAAUCAAAUUCUAUUAAAACGUUUAUUAUUGAGUGAUUAUUUGGCCGUUUUUAUCAAAAUGAACGUCUAUAAAAUGUCUUUACUCUUUUUCUUUGGAUUUAUAGCAUCGGUAAACUGUCUAUCGGACGGACCAAACUCUAUUUAUGAUAUUACAAUAAACGAUAAUAAUCACAAUGCUGUUCCAUUGUCCCAAUAUCGUGGUCGGGCGAUGCUCAUAAUUAACUACGCUCGGCUUUGCGGCUUUAAUAAACUAUACUUGGAUUCCUUAGAGAAGUUGGCCGAUAAUUUUAAGGACUGUAAUUUCAGAGUGUUAAUGAUUCCAAGUAAUAGUUUUCUCCAGAACCCAAAUUGGAAUGAAGAGUACGGAAAGAAUUUGACACAGAAGAAUUUUGAUGUUUUCGAAGAAGUCUCUGUAAUUGGUAGUAAUACCCACCCACUUUAUGUAUAUCUAACAAAUCAAAUAAAAGGCCUUUUAUUUAAGGGUAUCAAAUGGAAUUUUACUAAAUUUCUUGUUGAUCCAAAUGGAAAAGUUAUCGAACGAUAUUCGCCAUUUACUUCAACUGAUGCAAUAGGCAAACGACUAGAAGGCAUCUUAAAGUGUAAUGGCAAUAAACCGUGAUUAAUAUCAAAUGAAUGUUAUCGUCAAAUGUAUUAUGGGAAAAAAAAGAAUAUAAUAACAUGUAAUUCAUUUUUGUAAAAUUAAAAUAAAUAAUUAUUACCGAAGUAAA